GCCUUGGCGCGGGAAGUGUCGGUCCUACAACAUAGUAGAGUAGCGCGUCAGUCCGACGAGAAGGUCGAAGUGCUGGAGACGAGACGUGCAUCUCGCGAACUCCCGAUCUUUAUCCGUACAUAUCCGGAUAAUGAGGCGACCGAGAAUAGACCGCAGUGUGCAAUUCGAACCGCGCUGUCGCCAUGGGUCCGUCCGUUGGCCACGUCAUGGCGCCUGCGUCGACCUCGGCCUUCGCUCCGUGCAGCCUCUCGGCGCUCGCCUUGGCGCCGCUGCAAGCCUCAUGCGCGGAGCGGUGCCUCAAGCACGACACGGACGUCUACUGUAGCAGCGAACGCCUUGCAAGCCUCAAGGCCUUUAGCCUCCAUCAGCCCGGCGACGCCGAGUACUCGGAGUACAUUGCCGCGCAGCUGCGGCCAACGACGCUGACGAACCUCAACAAGAAGGUUGUGUACCUCAUCGAUGUGCACCUCGGCAAAGUCCACUGGCUCGUCCACACGCGCUACUCGGCGCUGCGAAAGCUGCGCUGCACGCUCAUCAAGCGCCUCUCCAAGCGUGCCGACUUCUGCCGCAUUUGUUACGCGUCGCUCAAGGGUCUGCAGGCGACGGCGUUUCCGCCCAAGGCGCGCCUCUUUGCGGCGCCCAUCGACAUGGCCCGGCGACAACUCCUGCUUGCGACCUUUGUGCAAACGCUUGUACGCCUGCUCCAAGUGCUUCGACAGCACUCGAUCCUCAUGCAGUCCCGCGUCGGCUGCGACGUGACGUUCAUGCUGCGGCUCCUUGAAGAAUUUGUCGGCCUCGACUUCAGUCGGUACACGAGCUUCCUCGCCGACCGUGGCGUACUGCACCCGGAAGAGACAGUCCACUGCCGCUGACACAAAAGAAGUUUAAGUAUCAACACGACGCGUCUUAUUUAGCCA